GCCAGUCAGCGAGCGCGCCAACAGACCAGCCAACGGCCGAAGCUGCCCACUCCGGCAAGCAACCGGCCGUGGCCUCCGGCGUCCGAUCGCCAUCCCUUCCCUUCAAAGCCACUGCUUCCUCGCCGUGGCGGCUUCGCCUACUUAAGCGCGCGCCUCCGCUGCUCGUACACUCACUCGCCUCCAUCUUCCUCAGCCGCUCGCUGCUGGCUGUGGCGUUCAUGGUGAGCAAAUUACCAGCGAAAAGACUCCAUCCAUCCAUCUCUUCUUGUGUGGGCGUAUCGCAGUAUCGUAUGCCCCGCCUUCCUAUUUCGGUCCGUCCUGUUUGGGUAUGCAGGCAGGUUGUUCGAUGAAACGCUCCAGGGAGGGGGUCAGUCAGUCAGUACCUAUUUUUGUUAGAACAGUUCCUCACCGCUUCUGCCGGCUCUUAAUUACUUUCCGUUUUGAGACGCCUGUGUCAGCUACAUGAUUCGCAAACACAUAGCUCGAGUCGGAUUAAGCAGCUCAUCGCCAUUGUUUCGCACAUCACGCGUUACCUAUUUUACACACGGACUACAUUAGCGUUCUUUACAAGAUGAAGCGUAUGGGUUCCAAACAAGUGCUCGUUCCUACCGUCUCAUGCUUGCUGCUCCUAUUCUGCCUUGGAUGCAAAUGCCUAGCAUUGGAAUUAGAGGCGACACAGACGGCCACCCUCAAGGUUGAUGCCUCGUCACAGCUUGCCCGAAAGAUCCCGGACACACUGUUUGGGAUGUUUUUUGAGGAGAUUAACCAUGCAGGAGCCGGUGGCAUAUGGGCAGAACUUGUUAGUAAUAGAGGUUUUGAAGCUGGGGGACUCCAUACACCAUCAAAUAUUGACCCAUGGUCUAUAAUUGGAAAUGACUCUUCCAUAUUUGUGGCGACUGACCGUACAUCAUGUUUCAGUCGAAACAUUAUCGCUCUUAGGAUGGAGGUUCUCUGUGAUGAAUGCCCAGCCGGCGUUGGCAUUUACAACCCUGGGUUCUGGGGCAUGAACAUAGAAGAUGGAAAGACCUACAAUCUAGUUAUGUAUGUUAAAUCAGCAGAAGCUGCAGAUUUGACAGUUUCAUUAGCAAGCUCUGAUGGGUUGCAGAAGCUCGCUUCAGUUACUGUACCAGUUGCUGGCACUUCCAACUGGACAAAAGUAGAGCAAAAACUGAUUGCUAAAGGGACAAACAGGACCUCAAGACUUGAGAUAACAUCUAACAAGAAGGGAGUUGUAUGGUUUGAUCAAGUAUCACUCAUGCCUUCAGACACGUUCAAGGGACAUGGUUUUCGCACCGAAUUGAUAUCCAUGCUUUUGGAUCUAAAACCACGAUUCUUGAGAUUUCCUGGUGGUUGCUUCGUUGAAGGCGAAUGGUUAAGAAAUGCAUUCAGGUGGAGGGAAUCUAUUGGUCCAUGGGAAGAGAGGCCUGGACACUUCGGAGAUGUUUGGCAUUACUGGACUGAUGAUGGCCUUGGAUAUUAUGAGUUUCUUCAGCUUUCUGAAGACCUGGGGGCUGCUCCAAUCUGGGUAUUCAACAAUGGAAUCAGCCACAAUGAUGAAGUUAGUACCGCUGCCAUUGCCCCUUUUGUAAAGGAUGUAUUGGACAGUCUAGAAUUCGCAAGGGGGAGUGCAAACUCAACAUGGGGCUCUGUUAGAGCUGCAAUGGGGCAUCCUGAACCGUUCCCAGUCAAAUAUGUUGCGAUUGGAAAUGAAGAUUGUGGGAAAAAAUACUACCUCGGUAAUUACCUCAAGUUCUACAAUGCUAUAAGAGAAUCCUAUCCAGACAUUCAGAUGAUUUCAAACUGUGAUGGUUCAUCUAAACCACUUGACCAUCCUGCUGAUCUGUAUGACUUCCAUGUCUACACCGAUUCUAAGACUUUGUUUAACAUGAAGGGUACGUUUGAUAAAACUUCUCGUACUGGUCCCAAGGCCUUUGUCAGUGAGUAUGCCGUAUGGAGAACUGAUGCAGGUAGAGGAAGCCUUCUUGGUUCACUAGCAGAGGCUGCCUUCCUUACUGGACUGGAGAAGAACAGUGAUAUUGUUCAGAUGGCAAGUUAUGCACCACUCUUUGUAAACGACAACGAUCAAACGUGGAAUCCAGAUGCUAUCGUCUUCAACUCCUGGCAACAAUACGGAACUCCUAGUUACUGGAUGCAGAAGUUUUUCCGCGAAUCUAGUGGUGCGAUGAUUCAUCCAAUUACAAUCAGUUCCAGCUACUCUGGUUCUCUAGCAGCAUCUGCUAUCACCUGGCAGGAUUCCGGGAAUAGCUUCCUGAAAGUAAAGAUUGUGAACUUUGGGUCAGACACCGUGAGCCUCACGAUCUCUGUGUCUGGGCUUCAGGCUAGCAUCAACGCGCUGGGGUCAAAUGCUACUGUUCUCACGUCCAGCAAUGUGAAGGAUGAAAAUUCUUUCAGUAACCCGAACAAGGUCGUGCCUGUGACGAGCCAGCUGCGCAACGCCGCGGAACAGAUGCAGGUCACACUCGCUGCCCACUCCUUCUCCUCGUUCGACCUUGCGCUUGCUCAGUCCGAGCUUGUCGCGGAGAUGUGAAGCAGCUACACGACGCUAGCGACACGUGGAAACACGAUAAAUACACGAGGCGUGAUAUGGAAAAUGCAGGACGUUGUCAGUAAUUAUGCUUAUAUCUUGAUAAAGCACUCACUGUACAGUGUAACAAAGAGGAGAUACUCAUACAUACAGCAGUACUAAAUAAAGUCCAUAUCAGGCUGAUUUGCAGUUAA